GCGUUAUCACACGUUGGUUGCAAACUGUAACAGCAAAGAAGAAUCUGUUAGAGCGGUCCAGAAAGAUUUCGGCUACCCAUCUUCUGUGUGAUACGCUGGAGAAGUAUUCCCGUGUACUUUUUAACGUUUCCCCCGCUGGUCAACCGACGUCAUUCUAAUCUUAGUUGAACGACAAAUAUAGGAUUUCUAACUGUCCUUGAAAGGCCCCAGAAAUGGCUCAAAAUACAGAACAAAAUGAGGUGAAGCACGACAGCUCAUCCUCCCCUGGAAUGACAGACCAAGAGAAGGAAGUGGCAGCCAGUGCAUAUAAAGCAUUUUCGGCUGGGAAGUAUGACGAGUCUCUCAAACACCUUGAAGCCCUGCAAGAGCUUAACAAAGAGGACUACAAGAUUGCCAUGAAUAAAGCUGUUGUAGAGUUUUACAUAAGCGGUCAGACUACCACAGGGGCUCUGAAGCAGACUCUAAUGGCAAUGAAGAACCAGGUGCACACAUCAGCAGAGGACGCUGAUGGGUUGGACGAUGUUGAAAAUAGCUUGCUGUACUACAAUCAAGCUAUCAUCCACUAUCAUAUGCGACAGUUCUCUGAAUCCAUCUCCAUAGGAGAGAGGCUCUACCAGUUUCUGGAACCAUUUGAAGAGAAGUUUGCUCAGGCUGUGUGCUUCCUGCUGGUGGAUCUGUACCUGCUCACCUUCCAGCCAGAGAAGGCCCUCCAUCUGCUGGCUGUGCUUGACAAAGUGUCUGUCCAAGGAAGCAACAAGAAUGGAAAAGGAGAGAACAACAGUUCAAACAAAGAUGGAGCAAACCAGAAGGCAGAGUUCACAGCCAUGAUCGAGGCAGCCAAAUCAAAGAUGCACCAGUACAAAGUGAGAGCCUACAUCCAGAUGAAAUCUUCCAAGGCCUGUAAAAGGGAGAUCAAAUCAGUGAUGAACACAGCAGGGAAUUCUGCACCCUCACUCUUCCUCAAAAGUAAUUUUGAGUACCUGAGGGGAAACUACCGGAAAGCAGUGAAGCUGUUGAACAGCUCCAAUAUAGCAGAGCAUCCUGGACCCAUCAAGACGGGUGAAUGUGUUCGAUGUAUGUUCUGGAACAAUCUGGGCUGCAUUCACUUUGCAAUGGGGAAACAUAACCUAGGCAUUUUCUACUUCAAGAAGGCACUGCAAGAGAACGACCACACCUGCACACAACUGGGAGACAACGGACAAUCUAAGAAGUUCACAGGUAUCCCCAUGUGUGCUCUACUAGCCAACAAGCGAUAUGAGCUGCUGUAUAACUGCGGGAUUCAGCUGCUGCACAUUGGCAGGCCUCUGGCAGCAUUUGAGUGUCUGAUGGAGGCGGUGCAGGUUUACCACUCCAACCCUCGACUGUGGCUGCGGCUUGCGGAGUGCUGCAUCUCUGCUAACAAGGGGGGGUCGGAGCAGGAGAGCAAAGGUUUACCUUGUAAAAAAGGUAUAGUUCAGUCUACUGUUGGGCAGGGCUACCAUCGCAAGAUUGUGCUGGCAUCCCAGUCUACCCAGAAUACUAUCUACAGUGAGGGUCAGUCAGCAGCUAUACCAGUAGCCAGUAUGGAGUUUGCAGCCAUCUGCCUGCGGAACGCUCUGCUGUUGCUGCCUGAACACCAGCAGCAGGACACCAAGGCAGAGAACGGCUCCAAGAGCUCCAGUCAGUCAGGAAGCACAGAGAGCGGCAGCGAGAACAGUGAUGCCUGCAGUGGGAAAGGUCAAGAGACUGAUAAGUUCUUGUCGGCAGCUCCAUCGUCUCCUCUCAGAAAACAAGAGGUAGAAAACCUCAGGUGCUCCAUUCUGGCCUGUAGUGCCUAUGUGGCGUUAGGACUGGGAGACAACCUGAUGGCUCUAAACCAUGCUGAGAAACUACUCCAUCAAACCAAGGUGUCUGGAUCCCUCAAGUUCCUGGGUCACCUCUACGCUGCUGAAGCCCUCAUCUCAUUAGACAGGAUCUCUGAUGCUAUUGCUCACCUCAACCCAGAGAAUGUCAGCGACGUGUCAAUGGGAGUUCUGACCAGCGAGCAAGACCAAGGGUCUGAUAAAGGAGACGAGCCUGUCGAGUCCUCAGGGAAGCAGACUCCCCAGUGUUACCCCAGCAGUGUCACAUCAGCUCGGGCCAUGAUGCUCUUCAACCUGGGUAGUGCCUACUGCUUGAGGAGCGAGUACGACAAGGCCCGCAAGUGCCUGCAUCAGGCUGCAUCUAUGGUGAACACCAAGGAAAUUCCACCUGAAGCCAUCCUGCUGGGAGUCUACUUAGAGCUGCAGAAUGGAAACACCCAGCUUGCCCUGCAGAUCAUCAAACGGAACCAGCUGCUGCCCACAGUGGUGCAGAGGGUCUCCCCAGACUCCCGCAAGAAAACCGUCCAGCCCUUCCAAUCUGUCCAGCCCAUCCAGCUGCCCUCAUCCUUCACACAAGUUCAACGCAAAUGAGCCUCUACAUCCACCUGAACCCCCCCCCCCCACGCACACCACACACCCAAGGAGCAUUGAUAUUUAUAAAGCUGCUUCCCCUCAGCAUCAGGAGCCAAAUGAAAUGCAGGUGUGGCUGCUGACUGACGUGGAGAGAAGAACUUCAGUUACAGCAGUGUCCAUGGACUGAGAACAGCUGACUUUUUAUUUCCAUUUGACUGAGGAAUCUGUGUGUUGUCUCAACAAUGAUAAUAAAUUUUAUUUACUGUAUGACA